AUGGCGGAUGACGAAGAGCGCAUCAAAGCUGAGAAGCUAGCUGCCGCGAAGAAAAGGGUAGCCCAGCUCCAGAAACAGAAAAAGAAAGCAAAUAAGAAGGCCGCCAGCGUUGAUACCUCCAAAGAUACUACCCCCGCUGCUGCUGCUGCUGCUGCUGCUGCUGAGCCAUCAGAACCGGCCAAGGAAGAUGCGCCCGCGACGUCGUCCCCGGAACCUGCACCUGCACCGGUUACAGAAAAGGAGGGAAGAGAGGAAGGAAGUAGCGCUGUGCCGGAGGUAGAGGAGACACAGACAGAGACAGAGAAGGCGACAGAGCCAGAAACGAAGACAGAAGCUCAAGCCGAAACUACCACAUCGGACGAGAAAGCGGAGAAGGACGAAGAUAAGGAACAAGAACAACCUCAGGUUGAGAAGAAAGAAGUCGAAUCCCCCGCAGAAGAAGAGACCGAGCCCAUGCCCGACGCACCCACCUCGCCUGGUCCCGAAACCCCCGCACAACCCGCCAUGAAGCCCGAGUCAUCCGGAAGACAGUCCACACACGGUCGACAACCCUCUCUAUCCAUCCAGUCGAAGAUGCGGUCAUCAUCGUUCCGGAAGGGAUCCGUGUCGCAGGGAAGCAGUGGGUCGCCGUCGCCGGCGGCGAGUGCGAUGCUGAAGUCGCCUUCGUUGCCGCCGCUGAGCGCGGAUGGUGAGGCAGUGCAGGAAGUGUAUCGGAAGCAGUCGACGCGGAUUGAGGAGCUGGAGAAGGACAAUAAGCGGCUAGAAAAGGAGCUGGAGGAGGGUAAGGGACGGUGGAAGAAGACGGAGGAGCAGUUGGAGGAUCUCCGGGAAGCCAGUGUGGAUGUUGCGGAGUUGAAGGUGAAGUUGCAGGAUGCGGAGGCGAAGGUGGGGGAGAUUGAGGAGUUGAAAGCAGAAAUCGCAUCCCUCCAGAGACAAAAUUCGCACCUGCAAACCCGCACGCAUCGAAGCACCGCGAGCGUCUCCGUGCCUGGCCCAUCGGAGUCUUCGCCGGCGGACCUGAUGCAGCAAUUGGAGUCCAAGUCAGCGACGAUCGAAGCGAUGGAAUUGGAGAUUUCGAAUCUGCGCGCACAGCUUGCAUCGAGCAGCGCACAUGAGACCCAAAUAGCAGCGCUCGAGGAGAAGCUAUCCGGCAGUGAAUCUGCGCUCGAGAAGGCCCAGCGCGAGCUUACUGAUACCAAGAGCGCGCUGACCCGCGCCUCAGAAAAGGCCGUCAAAGAGGGCGUGGACAAGACCUCCACAGAGACGCUAAUUAAGAACCUCCAGCGGGAGCUCGAAGAGCUCAAACAGGAGAAGACCGCAUCGGACAAGAAAGCCGAGACCCUAGAAAAGAAACUCGAAGCCAUGGGCAACCUGCACAAGGAAUCCGAAGCCCGCCACCAAACCCGUCUACGCGAGACCGAGAAGAUCGAAAAAGAAGCCGCGGUCCUCCGCAAGAGACUCGCAGACGUAGAGAACGAGAACCUCCGCCUCAAAGAAGAACAAGAAUCCCUCCGUAAACGACACGCCACGGACGGCGGCGCCGGUGCCGACGACGACGCCCUCGACGAACUCGAAGACGAAGAACGCUCCCGUCUGCACCGCCGCAUCCGCGAUCUCGAAGGCGAAGUCUUCGACCUCCGCCGCGGCGUCUGGAAAGAACGUCGCGAGGAACUCGCCGCAGAUCAUGCCCAGCACCUCCACUCCCCGGACGCCUUCCCGCCCACAUCCUCAACAUCUGCCUCCGCAGCAGCAGCAGCAAACACCUUCGACGACGUCGACCUCAUCGGCGGAACUCCCGACCAUGCCCGUCGUCGCAGCAUGGCUGCCAACAACCACAAGUCCCAGCAGCAGCAUUCCUCCUUCUCGACCGUCCUGUCCUCCGGAAUUGCCGCUUUCACCGGCGGAAACACCUUCUACGGCAGCGGCGGCGGCGGCGGUAACCGCGGCCGCGCUUCUUCAAACCAGCAGCACCAUCCGCCCGCAGCACGGGGCAGUCUCGAGCUCCUUUCUGAGGAGAACUUCGAUGAUGAGUUCGAUGAGGCAGAGUUUGCGCGCGCGCAGGCUGAAGAGGAGGCACGGAAGAGGGUGGAAUGGGUGCGCGAGAUCAAGAGGAAGCUUAAGGAUUGGCAUGGCUGGCGGUUGGAUUUAGUGGAUAGUAGGGCUGGGGCUGAGGGGGCGGGUGUGGGGAUGGGAGAGAUAUUCCAGAUUUAA